AAAAAGAUCCUCUAUAAAAAUUUUUCAAACUUGAGGUGCUAUUUGAGAAAUUUUGAAACUUAAAGAUCUUUCUAAAAAUUUAUCUUUUUAUUUUUUUAAUCAAUCAAAAAUAAGUGAAUCAAAUUUAUACUAAGUUAGUUGACUAGGCACUUGUAUUCGAGGAGGGUGAAAUUUAGUGUUUUUUUUUUUUGUGUGCAAGGAAUAAUUAGUUAAGAUGAGAGACUUUUUAUUUUUAUUUUAUUUUUGCUUACAAUAUAAAUUUAAACAUUUAAUGAGUAUGCGUAUGGUUCAAAUAACAUAUACGUAAAAGACCCAAAAAGAAAAAAAAAGGUUGCCAUGUGGCAAUAAAAACCUCAUUGUUUGUUUUUGUAUGUAAUAUUUUAAACUUUUAGGUUAAUAAUUCUCUGUUUAAUAAUAUAGUAUAAAUUGCAGGGGAUGCUUUAGUCUAAUGGGAUGGAUAAGAAAGUGAUAGGUUGUUGGUUCGGUCAAACCGGCUGGGUCUGGUGAUUGGUUUGGUGAUUUAUUUGAACCCGGUUCACUGAUCGGAUUAGGGUCAGGAUCACGGAAGGGGCAAACCCGUAAUGUUCGUCCAACCCACAUCCGCUCAUUUCGUGGGGAUCGUAGUACGUGUCAAAGAGAGCGAGCAGGUGGCCCAGUCACGGUUGCGGUUCGUUGAAGGUCGCUAUAUAUAUGCAUAUAUAUAUUGAGUUCUUGAGGGCGAUAUUAUUGCUUCCUUUUAGCUGUGUUGGGCGAGCGCAGGGAGAUGGCGUACCGGAGGAGGCACAGCACGCCGCGGUCCGCCACUUUCGAGGAAUUCCGCUCCUUGUCCCCGGAGGAGGACGGCUCCUCUUCCCCGUCCCUGGCCGCCAAGGCCAUCCGCGCUUCCGCCGCCCACCGCGAGUCCUCCCUCUCCUCCGCUUACGAUGGCGACUCCGCGGCCUUCUCCUCGUCUUCCUCCUCCACCUCCUCCUCUUCCUCCUCUGCCUACCGACAUCCUGGUCUCCGGAACUAUCACAAGCAGGGCUCAAAUGUUUAUGAAUACUCUUCGCUGAAAAAUUCGAAUGGCCCCCGACAUGGAUUUUGGGAAGUUUUAGCUAAAAAAGCUAAAGCAAUCCUUGAAGAUGAUACUGUUGCUCAGCAAUUUGAAGACCAUGAUAGUAAUCACUCCCAGAUUCUUGAUUCAUCAGGCAGUCAGCUGCAAACCAAUGAGUCUCUUGAUAGCUACUGCAAGACCGAAAAUCCUACAUUUCAGAAGGAUGCAAUUGCUUCUUCUUUGAGGGAAUUUGGUGGCACAACAAAAAAUGCCUUUGAAGAGGGAAUAUCAAUCAUGGACAAUAAGACUGCUGACAUCAUCCAUGAAACCAAGAAGCUGCAGCUUGGGACAAAAACUGAAAGUUCUGAUACAGCAAAUCAACCAAUGUACACAAUGGCUUCGACUAAUCUUGCUCAGAAUGAGGCCGAGUAUGAGACACAGUUGAAGGCUUCCCAGAAAGUCGCAAAUGCCAUGGCUGCUAAGGCAAAACUUCUUUUGCGGGAACUGAAAACUGUCAAAGCAGACAUGGCUUUCGCAAAGCAGCGCUGUGCUCAGCUUGAAGAAGAGAACAAGGUCUUGCGAGAAAAUCGCCAGAAGGGAGACAACCCAGCAGAUGAUGACCUGAUACGCCACCAAUUGGAGACGUUAUUGGCCGAGAAGGCGAGAUUGGUGCAUGACAACUCUGUUUACGAGCGUGAGAAUCUGUUCCUGAGGGAGAUUGUGGAGUACCAUCAGCUCACAAUGCAGGAUGUUGUCUACUUGGAUGAGGGCAUUGAGGAAGUCACCGAGGUCUACCCCAUCCACCAAAUCAAAACUCUUUCAUCACCAUCCCGUUCUGCUUAUGAAACUUCAACACCGGGUAUUUCUUGUUCUGCAACACCGAGAUCAAACACCAUGCUAUCAUUGUCCGCGGACACCAUGUCUGCAUUUGGAAGCCUCAGUUCUCCUAAAUCUCCAAAUCGCACCUUCAAAGUGAAGAAGCUAACAGAUGGAGAGGUGAAUCCUUCGCCAUCUCCAGCAGCUGAAGGUUCCGUGCAGCAACACUCUCCAAGUCCAACUCCACACUGAUAUCCACAUGGAAUGUUGUCUUUAAUUUUUUUGUUUUUUUUUGUAUUGAUAUAUAUACAUACAUCAGUAAUAUGUCUGCUACUGAUGAUUUUGUCAUCUUUCUUUGCGUGAAGAUGACAAUAAUGGAAGUUCAGGUUGGUCUUUGCCACUCCAUGUACUUGUAGAGUCCUUUUCAUCAGUGAAUUAUCGUAUCUUAAAUUUCAUUAAAUUUGUUGUGAA